AUGACGGCGGACCGAUCGCACAAGGUCGCCGAUGAGCCCGCCGCCGCAGGCAGGCAAAGACCUGAAAGGAAGAAGAGGAAGUGGGAUCAGCCCGCGGAGGACUUGGUCUCCGCGGCGGUGAAGUCUGCUGCCGUGGCGGGGAUUCCUGUGAUGAAUUUCGGUGCUUUUCCUGGCGUUGCAUUGCCCGGCGUCACUGCGUAUGGAGCUGGUACAUUGCCGAGUGUAGUCCCUGUUCCAUAUUCGUUGCCGCCCCAUAUUGCGCCAUCGGUGCCGCCCCGUAUUGCGCAAUCGGUGCUCCAGAAUGCUGCUGUUGCAGUUCAGAAAUUGAGUCAGGCAAAAAUACCAGAUGAGGUCAUUGCACGUGAAAUUGUUAUAAACGAUGCAGAUCCAUCUGUGCGAUAUAAGCUUACAAAACGACAAACACAAGAAGAGAUUCAGAGAUACACAAACACUGUCAUCAUUACCAGGGGAAAAUACCACCCUCCAAAUGAACAUCCUGAUGGUGAAAAGCCACUCUAUCUACAUAUCUCUGCUGGAUCUCAGUUGAAAGAUACCGCUGAGCGCAUUAAGGCAGUUGACCGUGCAGCUUCAAUGAUUGAGGAAAUAUUGAAACAAGGAACAAUCUCAGAGUCUAUAUCGGUCCCUUUCUCCUCUAGUGGUGGACAGGCUGUUCGUCCUUUUAGUGCCUCGAUAUUUUUGGAUUUUGAUGCAGAUCCAUCAUUGAAUAUCGCAGCUCGAAUCCGUGGUCCAAAUGAUCAGUACAUAAAUCAUAUCAUGGGAGAAACAGGGGUCACUGUUGUACUAAGAGGGAAAGGUUCAGAGAAUCUUGGCAGUUGUCAUGGUGAAGCCUCACAACAACCUCUACACCUAUACCUCGCAAGUAUGCAUUUAAAGAACCUAGAAGCUGCAAAAGUUUUGGCAGAGAACCUCCUUGAUACAAUAGCAGCAGAAUUCGGUGCUUCCAGGAUUUCUUCUUCAAACGUAUAUGGUGCUGUUCCACCUCCUCAGCAGUUGUUAGCUGGUACUGACACCUCAGGAGCGAAAUCAGAUGUUCACUAUACUUUAGGGCUCAAUGUGUUAUCAGGAGCUCCACAUUCCUCUGCAUCUACUGCAGCUAUUGCUCCUGUUGUUGCUCCUGCAGUGGCAGUGCAAUCAGGGGCUCCAACAUAUUCUGGGGUUCCACCACCCAGUAACAUGGCCAAUCCUAUUCCACCAGUAAAUGGUGGGGCAUUUUACAGCGGUUAUGGGGACAUUUAUCCCCAAGCAACUCCAUUGCAGCAGGUGGCAUUCACACUCAAGCAUGCCUCGUCGUCGGCAGCUCAGGCUGUUCCAGUAACGUCCACACCAACAAUCAUGGCGACAAAGGAGAACUCAACCUUGGAUGUGGAGAUGGAUAAACGUUCCCGAAGAAAAUUCCAGGAACUACCGGUCUCAAAGGGUCCAGCAACAGAAAGUCAGAACUCACAACUGGGGUCCAAAUUUGUUAAGACAGGUUUAGAUAGUUUAGGUAACAUUGGGAGCUCAUCAAUUGCACCUCCAAAGAAAGUUCAUCCUGGAUCAAAUGGAAUGCUUCUGCCAGAAGAAGCGGACGUGUCAUCACAUCUCUCUAUAUCCACUAAGAUGCCACCACCACCCCUGAAGAGCAUGCUGCCGCCGCCACCCAAAAACAUGCCACCGCCACCGCCACCGCCCAAGAGCAUGCCUCCGCCGUCACCGCCCAAAAACAUGCUACCGCCACCGUCUAAGAGCAUGCCUCCGCCGCCACCAAAAUUCCCUUCAGAUGAGUUAUUGUCAAGAAACGAGGACAAGACUUUUGCUUUAAAGGAGCUGACAGCACCUCCAAGGCCCUUGGAUGCAAGAUCAGUCUUGCCAUCUCAACGACAACCAAAGGAGCCUGAGGAACAAACAAAAGCCACACCUGUGUCUGAUACUUUGCUGAAACUUAUUGAUUAUGGAGACGACGACGAUGACGAUGACGACGAUAUUGAUGUGACAGACAACAUACCUAAGGGCAAUCCAACUCCUGGUUCAGAGCAGAAACCAUUUUGA